UCCGCCCUCCGCAACCUCACGAGACUCCCCCAACCCCAGGCGACCCUCCUCGGCGGCGGCGGCGCGGACGGUGAUGCAGAUGGCGGCGACCACCACCGAAUCACAGGUGGCCGUGCCGCCUCACCAACCCCACGCGCACCCGCAUCCGCACCCGCCUCCGCAUCACGCGCACCCGCACCACCACAUGCCGCAGCCGCGGUGGGUCGUCCUCCCCUACCCGCCGCCGUCCAUGGUGGCCGCCCCGCCCCCGCCGCCGCCGCAGUUCGCCAAGCACUACGCGCCGGGGCCGCCGCCUCCGCCCGCCGCGGCCGGGCGACGCACGCCCACGCCACCCGCGGCCGGAUCCGGCGGGAACGGCUGCGAGGAGAACAAGACGAUCUGGGUCGGCGACCUCCAGUACUGGAUGGACGAGAACUACCUCCAUAACUGCUUCGGCCCCAGCGGCGAGGUGGUAACCAUAAAAGUUAUCCGCAAUAGGCAAACUGGACAAUCAGAGGGAUAUGGUUUUGUAGAGUUCUUUUCCCAUGCAUCAGCGGAUAAAGCUCUUCAGAAUUUUACUGGUCAUGUGAUGCCCAACACUGAUCGAGCCUUUAAGUUAAACUGGGCAUCCUAUAGCAUGGGUGAAAAGCGAUCAGAAGUUGUCUCUGACCACUCAAUUUUUGUUGGUGAUUUAGCUGCUGAUGUUACCGAUGAAAUGUUGAUGGAGCUUUUUGGUAGCAAGUAUCGCUCCGUGAAAGGAGCUAAAGUUAUUAUUGAUGCAAACACUGGCCGUUCUAGGGGCUAUGGAUUUGUUAGAUUUGGAGAUGAUACUGACAAAGCUCAUGCAAUGACUGAAAUGAACGGUGUUUAUUGCUCUACUAGACCUAUUCGUAUAGGACCUGCAACGCCUAGAAGAACCUCUGGUGAUUCUGGUUCCUCAACACCUGGCCAUUCAGAUGGCGAUUCAAAUAACAGAACGGUAUAUGUUGGUGGGCUCGACCAAAAUGUUAGUGAAGACGAGCUGAGGAAAUCAUUUGCCAAAUAUGGUGAUGUUGCCUCUGUGAAAAUUCCUCUAGGGAAGCAGUGUGGCUUUGUUCAGUAUGUCAACAGAACUGACGCAGAAGAAGCACUUCAAGGGUUGAAUGGGGCUGUCAUUGGAAAGCAGGCAGUUCGCCUUUCGUGGGGCCGCAGCCCAUCACAUAAACAGUCUAGGGGUGAUUCUGGCAACAGGAGGAACAACAACAAUAUGUACUAUGGCACGCCGUUCUAUGGUGGGUACGGCUACGCCUCCCCUGUCCCGCACCCCAACAUGUAUGCCCCUGCGUAUGGAGCCUACCCGUUCUACGGCAACCAGCAGUUGGUGAGCUAGAGCGAGAGAGCUUCGUCCCACUCCCUCCAAUGGGAAACAAGGUUUUGAUCCGGUGAGAGCAUAGCAGCGUCAGCAGAGUAAGAGAGAGAGAGUGAGUGAGAGAGAGAGAGAGAGGUUAUAGGUCGUCCUAAAAAGUGGGUAAGACAGGUUAAAGUGAAAGAAACAGUGGUGUCUGUAUUCUGUUGUGUGUGUGUGUGUGUGGUGUUUGUGUAUGUGUUGCAAGAACCAGAAGAGCCUCUAGGCUUGUAGACACGGUCGGAGAGUCAUGGAUGUUGAUUCAUUAAGAAGUUUUGACUUGCUUAAUAAGUUACAACGCUGUUUGUGCCCCA